AUGGCGUCAGCGCUGCGGCCGAGGCGCCCGCGACCUAGGGAGUCGCAGUUCGUCCACGCGACCCUCGCCGACAAGUGGGGCGCGAAGGCGGUCCUCAAGGACCCCGGCUUCGCGUGGGACGGCUCGGGGUACGGGAGCUCGCGGACGCAGGCCAUCGACGAGACAUCCAUGUUGCCUUGCGCCGAGGUUUUGAAGACCCUCCUCGAGGUUGCACCCUCGGGGUUUCCAGCGCAGAAGUGCUCGAAGGAUGCCUUCCAGGAGCUGGGCAAGAGGCGCGGCAUCCUCGCGUGCGAUAUGCGCUUCCAGGAGAGGGCGGCCAGCCUGGCAGCAGACGCCUGGCGGGUCAUGGCGAAGCACCUCUACAACACAGCCCAGGCGGAGAAGGCUCUGAGCAACGAGGUGCUUCAGCAGCUGGUGGAGAUGAUCAGGCUUCCCUCUGCAGAAGAUGAUGGCGGUGCAGCUCUUGCCGGCUCCUUCGAGGACUCGCCGUCGUUCGCGGCGGCGGCGGGCCCCGUGGAGGGCGAGGCCGCCGACGUGAGCGCGUCGGCGGUCAGGGCGCUCUUCCCCCCCGGCAUGGGCGAGGCGGCGGAGGGCGAUGGCAGUCACGAAGCAGCUAAGACCGAGGUCGAGUUCUCCGACGACGACGUGGAGCUCUGCGGAAUGACGUGCAAUUGCAAAGCGUGCCGCGACGCACGCACCGUCGACCUCACGGCCGAAGAGGGCGGCGGCGAGCGGGCCCCGAUCCCGAACGCGGCCAUCGGGGGCCAGAAGCGCGAUGCCAGGACCGCCCAGACGGCGCUGAAGGUCCGCAUGCGUUUGUCGGGCAAGACGCGCGAGACGGUUGCGGCGAGCCUGAAGCCCCCGAAGAAGGCCAAGGCGCCCCCGAAGCAGGAGGAUGAGGCCGAGGUCGAGAGCGGCAACAUCACCCUGCCCGCAACGGUCACCGUGAGGGGGCCGAACGGGAAGAGGCGUGGCGAGGCCUACUUGCUCGACGGCAACAAGAAGUACAUCAUGGGCAUCACCAGCAGGAGGACCGAGGAGUACAAAGAGGUCGUCGAGCGCGCCGCGGAGAAGAUCAACGGCACCAUCCUGAAGACGAAGGACGACCUCAGGAUGUGGUUCGACCAGCAGAUCGGGUUCGACACGAGACAGAUGCCCCCGAAGAGGGCUACGGCUACCAAGUCCGCCUCCCCCGCGAUCCACAGGGGGCCGAUGGGCCACUGCCUCGAGAAGAUGCAAGCAGCAGUGCGCGCAGGCACCACGGCAGCGCCCGUGAAAGCGGAGCCCGUCGACAGCAGCGGCGGCAGCUCCAGCGCGCCUGCCGCGGCAGCGGUGGUUCCGGCCACUGGAGACACCGACGGAGCCCAGGCCGACGCUUCCGAGUGGGUCCACGACUGGAUCGAAUCCGAUAAGACGGCCUACAACGCCUUCAUGUACCGCCUGCGUAAGCACGGCCAAGAGAGGAAGGCCAAGUGGACGGAGAUCCAGAAGUUCGGCUGCGCGAUGGACGCGGAAAAUUUCGUGGACGAGAUCAUGCACACGACGACGAGGCAGUCCGCGGAGUUCAACAACACGCUGACCCGCAACGAGACGCUCAAGGAGUGGACUACCUUCAAGAAGGCGCUGGAGAAGUACGACGAGGACGUGCUGAUGGCCAUGGUCAGGGCCAGAACCUUGGAGACCGAGCGCGACCCUGCCAUCCCUGAGUCCCUGGUGGUGCCGUGGCCCAAGUACUUGCAGGUGCGGCUGCACUCGGAGAGCGAGCGCGAUCGUCACGACAAGGGCUUGCAGCUCACGGACAACACCAAUCUGGACGACGACGCCUACGACGAGAAGUACGCCGAGCAGAGCCGCGGUCACAACCAGCAGCAGGGGGGCCAACAGCAGCAGCAGCCGCCCCAGCAGCAGCAGUCGCUGCAGACGGAGCCAUCGGUCGAGAAGGCGAAGAUGCCCGAGGCAGUGGCCGUCCCCGUGAAGGCCGCGCGCGCGGCGCACGGAUACAUCGACAGGUUCGCUCGCGAGCUCGAGGCGGCCAUCGAGUCCAGCUCGAAGAACGAGAACAGCAAGGGGUGCAAGAUCGAGAAUGACUUGGGCGCGAUGAGGGGCACCCUUGCGGCGAAGGACAAGGAGCUCCUGACGUUCGAGAAGAAGUGCGUGAGCUCGAACGGAGCGGGCAUCACUGGCAAGGAGAUCCAGACGGCGGCGGACCUCGCCAAGGAGAUCGACGACGCGAUCAAGAACGGCCGCAAGAAGCUGGCGGCGCUCAGGUCGCUGUAG